UGUGGGGCGUGCUACGGUGGCCGAAAAAAUGCCGCAGGUGUGUUAGCAACCGGUCCAGAAGCAGACACGGGUGGUACGGAGAACAUCGUGUUUCUAAUCCAGCUCCACGAAUUUAUAGGAGGGAGCCCCUGCAGCCGUCACCAUGGUGAAGGAGCAGUUCCGGGAGACAGAUGUGGCCAAGAAAAUAAGCCACAUCUGUUUUGGAAUGAAAUCAGCCGAGGAGAUGCGCCAGCAGGCACACAUUCAGGUUGUGAGUAAGAACCUGUACAGCCAGGACAACAACCACGCCCCACUGCUAUACGGGGUGCUUGACCACAGGAUGGGUACAAGUGAGAAGGACCGUCCUUGUGAAACCUGUGGGAAGAACUUGGCUGACUGUCUGGGCCACUAUGGGUACAUUGACUUGGAAUUGCCGUGUUUUCACGUGGGGUACUUCCGAGCAGUUAUCGGCAUCUUACAGAUGAUCUGUAAAACCUGCUGCCACAUCAUGCUGUCCCAGGAGGAGAAGAAGCAGUUUCUGGAUUAUCUAAAGAGGCCCGGCCUGACCUACCUCCAGAAGCGAGGGCUGAAGAAGAAAAUCUCUGACAAGUGCCGGAAGAAGAACACGUGUCAUCACUGUGGCGCCUUCAACGGUACUGUCAAGAAAUGCGGCUUACUGAAGAUAAUCCAUGAGAAGUACAAGACUAACAAGAAAGUGGUGGAUCCCAUCGUAUCAAGUUUCCUUCAGUCCUUUGAAACCGCCAUAGAGCAUAACAAAGAAGUAGAACCUCUCCUGGGAAGGGCACAGGAAAACUUGAAUCCCUUAGUAGUUUUGAAUUUAUUUAAACGAAUCCCAGCUGAAGACAUCCCUCUACUUCUGAUGAAUCCGGAAGCUGGAAAGCCCUCUGAUUUGAUUCUCACACGCCUCUUAGUGCCCCCUUUGUGUAUCAGACCCUCUGUUGUGAGCGAUUUGAAGUCUGGCACCAAUGAAGAUGAUCUGACGAUGAAGUUGACAGAAAUCAUUUUCCUAAAUGACGUCAUUAAAAAGCAUCGGAUAUCAGGAGCUAAGACCCAGAUGAUCAUGGAAGACUGGGACUUCCUGCAGCUGCAGUGCGCACUCUACAUUAACAGCGAGCUCUCGGGCAUUCCCCUCAAUAUGGCACCCAAGAAAUGGACCAGAGGGUUUGUCCAGCGCCUGAAAGGAAAGCAGGGUCGAUUCAGAGGCAAUCUUUCAGGAAAGAGAGUGGAUUUUUCUGGCAGAACAGUCAUCUCACCUGACCCCAACCUCCGAAUUGACGAGGUAGCUGUGCCAGUUCAUGUGGCCAAAAUUCUAACAUUUCCUGAGAAGGUAAACAGAGCAAACAUCAACUUUCUGAGGAAACUGGUUCGAAAUGGCCCUGAAGUUCACCCAGGAGCCAAUUUCAUCCAGCAGAGACACACGCAGAUGAAGAGGUUUCUGAAAUACGGGAACAGAGAAAAGAUGGCCCAGGAGCUCAAGUUCGGGGACAUUGUGGAGAGGCACCUCAUAGAUGGAGACGUGGUCCUAUUCAACCGGCAACCCUCACUGCACAAAUUGAGCAUCAUGGCACACCUGGCCAGGGUCAAGCCCCACCGGACUUUCAGAUUUAAUGAGUGUGUCUGUACACCCUACAAUGCAGAUUUUGAUGGAGAUGAAAUGAACCUUCAUCUUCCUCAAACAGAAGAAGCUAAAGCAGAAGCCCUUGUUCUCAUGGGGACUAAAGCAAACCUUGUAACACCAAGAAAUGGAGAACCACUAAUUGCUGCUAUUCAGGAUUUUCUGACAGGUGCCUAUCUCCUCACUCUUAAGGACACUUUCUUUGACCGAGCCAAAGCUUGUCAGAUCAUCGCUUCAAUACUGGUGGGCAAGGAUGAGAAAAUUAGAGUUCGUCUCCCACCCCCCACAAUACUAAAGCCUGUCACCCUGUGGACGGGAAAGCAGAUCUUCAGCGUCAUCCUCAGACCCAGCGAUGACAAUCCAGUGAGGGCCAACCUCCGAACCAAGGGCAAGCAGUACUGCGGCAGAGGAGAGGACCUCUGUGUCAAUGACUCUUAUGUCACAAUCCAGAACAGCGAGCUGAUGAGUGGCAGCAUGGACAAAGGAACGCUGGGGUCAGGAUCCAAGAACAACAUUUUUUACAUUUUGCUGCGAGACUGGGGGCAGAAUGAAGCUGCCGAUGCGAUGUCACGGCUUGCCAGGCUGGCUCCCGUCUACUUGUCUAACCGUGGAUUCUCAAUCGGGAUUGGUGACGUCACACCUGGCCAAGGGCUGCUGAAGGCCAAGUAUGAGUUGCUGAAUGCUGGCUACAAAAAAUGCGAUGAGUACAUCGAAGCCCUGAACACAGGCAAGCUGCAGCAGCAGCCCGGCUGCACCGCCGAGGAGACUCUGGAGGCUUUGAUCCUGAAGGAGCUGUCUGUGAUCCGUGACCACGCAGGUAGCGCCUGCCUCCGGGAGCUGGACAAGAGCAACAGUCCCCUCACCAUGGCUCUGUGUGGUUCCAAAGGUUCCUUCAUUAACAUAUCACAGAUGAUUGCCUGUGUGGGACAGCAAGCUAUCAGUGGCUCUCGAGUGCCAGAUGGCUUUGAAAACAGGUCCCUGCCUCACUUUGAAAAACACUCAAAGCUCCCAGCUGCCAAAGGCUUUGUGGCUAAUAGCUUUUAUUCCGGUUUGACACCAACCGAGUUUUUCUUCCACACGAUGGCUGGCCGGGAAGGUCUGGUUGACACAGCCGUGAAGACAGCUGAGACAGGAUAUAUGCAGAGAAGGCUCGUCAAGUCCCUGGAAGAUCUUUGCUCACAGUAUGACUUGACAGUCCGCAGCUCUACGGGCGAUAUCAUCCAGUUCAUUUAUGGGGGAGACGGCUUAGAUCCUGCAGCCAUGGAGGGGAAAGAUGAGCCCUUGGAGUUUAAAAGGGUUCUGGACAACAUCAAAGCAGUCUUCCCGUGCCGGAGCGAGCCUGCUCUCAGUAAGAACGAGCUGCUCCUGAGCGCCGAGUCCAUCAUGAAGAAGAACGAGUUUCUCUGCUGCCAGGACAGCUUCCUGCAGGAGAUAAAAAAGUUUAUCAAAGAGGUUUCUGAGAAGAUCAAGAAGACCAGAGAUAAAUAUGGCAUCAACGACAACGGCACAACAGAGCCCCGUGUGCUGUACCAGUUGGACCGGAUCACCCCAACCCAAAUAGAGAAGUUUCUGGAGACAUGUAGGGACAAGUACAUGAGGGCACAGAUGGAGCCAGGUUCCGCGGUGGGGGCACUCUGUGCUCAGAGCAUUGGCGAACCAGGCACCCAGAUGACCCUGAAGACUUUCCACUUCGCAGGCGUGGCCUCCAUGAACAUCACCCUGGGCGUGCCCCGCAUCAAAGAGAUCAUCAAUGCCUCCAAGGCCAUCAGCACUCCCAUCAUCACAGCACAGCUGGACAAGGACGAUGAUGCAGAUUACGCUCGUCUGGUGAAAGGGAGAAUUGAGAAAACCCUCUUGGGAGAGAUUUCAGAGUAUAUUGAAGAAGUGUUUCUUCCUGAUGAUUGCUUCAUUCUCGUCAAGCUCUCCCUAGAACGGAUCAGACUUCUGAGGCUGGAAGUGAACGCUGAGACGGUGAGGUACUCCAUCUGCAUGUCCAAGCUGCGCGUGAAGCCCGGCGACGUGGCCGUGCACGGGGAGGCAGUGGUGUGUGUCACCCCCCGAGAGAACAGCAAGAGCUCCAUGUACUACGUGCUGCAGUUCCUGAAAGAGGACCUCCCCAAGGUGGUGGUGCAGGGCAUCCCGGAGGUGUCCCGAGCUGUCAUCCACAUCGAUGAGCAGAGCGGGAAGGAGAAGUACAAGCUCCUGGUGGAGGGUGAUAACCUGCGGGCCGUCAUGGCCACCCACGGCGUGAAGGGCACCCGGACCACCUCCAACAACACGUAUGAGGUGGAGAAAACCCUGGGCAUCGAAGCUGCCCGGACAACUAUCAUCAACGAGAUCCAGUAUACAAUGGUCAACCACGGCAUGAGCAUCGACCGGCGGCACGUGAUGCUGCUGUCCGAUCUCAUGACCUACAAGGGUGAAGUCCUGGGCAUCACCAGGUUUGGCCUGGCCAAGAUGAAGGAGAGCGUGCUGAUGCUGGCCUCAUUUGAGAAGACGGCUGACCACCUCUUUGACGCUGCCUACUUUGGGCAGAAGGACUCUGUGUGUGGGGUGUCUGAAUGCAUCAUCAUGGGGAUCCCCAUGAACAUUGGAACUGGACUCUUCAAGCUGCUCCACAAGGCCAACAGGGACCCCAGCCCUCCCAGGAGACCCCUCAUCUUCGACACAAGCGAAUUCCACAUCCCCCUUGUCACCUAGUCCAGUGAAGAGGGGGCCGUUCCUGACCUUGGCUCCUUGUCAACUGGAAAAGGGCUGGAGGCCAGCAGCCAACCCAUGAGCUUUGUGCUCCCUGGGACCGAGGCCCUGCUGCGCCCACCAUGCUGGCUGUCGGAGAAGGUUCCCGGAGUCCUGGGAGCCACUCAUCCCAUGACCCCAACCAUAGCACAGUGCUUGGUGGGGUAAACCGGGAUUUUUCUGUCUGUUUGAAACCUGCUUAAUCUGGAGACAACUCUGCACCUCCUGCCCACCCCACCUCCAUGGACUUGUGAGGAGGCCCCAGCCAAGCAUCUCUGCUCAUUUCCACCUCCCCUGUCCCUCCAUCCACUCACAGGGGUCCCAACCUGACCAGGAGCCAGUUCUCAGCCCUAAAGCCAGGGCACAUCUCAGUUCUUCUGUUCCCCGGUCAUGCUGGCCUCUCCCAAUGUGACAUACUAAUGUAAAUAUUGUUCGUAUUAUUUAUUUGUUCACUGAAGAAUUUGUAGUUUUUAUUGUUAUUUUAGUUUUUCUUUUGAAACCCAAGAAGCUGUGGAAACCAAGAGAGCCAGCUUUGAAGCAUCACUGGAAAAACUGGUUAAGCAAAUGGGGCUGUCUGGGAUUUGAAACUGAGUUGAAACUGUCAUGAGGCCAAGCUGCUCUCAAACACCUUUUCCAGACACCCCCGCCACCCCCUUUUUGUCUAUUUCCAAUGCCCAUGGGGGCACGUGAGUCAAACUCAUUCUUUGUGGCUUGUAGAAGCCUCUCCAGAGUUUACGGCCGGCUGAGGCGGGGACUCCCGGUGUACAUGGAGAUGAGAAGUGGGACUGGUCCAGACCCUCUGCACUGUCUGGGGGGCAUCCAUACUCUUCCUGAGGAAUCCACACGUGUGCCUUGCCUCCUGUAGCCGAGGCGCACACCAGAUAGGUGCAGAACCAGAGGCCUAGAAAGUGCCCCAGGAGCCUGGCAUGAGAGGGCCCUCUGGGUGCAGGCAGGCACCAGCUCUCAGGGGUGAAGCGGUCACCCAGACAGGAAGGGUGGGGCCCGCACAGGGGUGGGCACCCGCUGGAGUUGACGUUCCCCAGGUGGCAGCAGCAGGUUUCUCAGAGGACAUCUGUGAUGAUAACACACGUGGGACUGUGAGGAGGGACCUGGCAGGGUGUCCCAGAAAGACCCAUGUUUCACUGCCUGCUUGGGCUUCUGCCAGUGACUGCGCCAUCCAUUGUUGAUGGGGUUUCCAAGGUUUACAAGUGGGUUUUGUGAAACACCAGGAAGAAACGUACAUAGCUUGUCUUCCAGAGAGCACAGGGAUUUGCUCACAGAGACGGUGGUUCUUUGUGCCGAAUUUGCUCCUUGGGAUUGGCCUGGGGCCACAGAGAAGGAUCUGUGGCGGCCACAGCUCUCCUCUAAGAACGUUGUGUGGAGCCAGUCCUUCCCUUCCCUGCCCAGAGCCAAGCUGCUCACUCUGGCUUUUCCUUCCCUCCCUGGGGGCCUUGGAAAACCUAGACUGCUUGGUCAGAAGUGAGAUGAUAUAAAAUAUGGAGCUUUGACCCGGUUUUCUGGCUCCCUGCUCUUGAAAAGAAAAUCAACCUCUGAAACAAUAGCUGGUGCAUCUCAGUGUAUUAAGCUACUGGAAGACACAACAGUGCAGGCCAAAGAGAUGAGCAUCUAUUUUUGAGUGAGAAGAUGGUUUGGAUGAUUAAAGAGGGUGUGGUAAAAGAAAAAGGGGAGGCUCAAAGAAUUCAAGCAGUAUUUUAUAGAAUUACAUUCUUUGGUCAUUCCCUAGUUGAGUCCUCACCUUCUUGAGUUAAUGCUGCUAAGGUACUCUGCAAAGCCCUGGGUUCUUGGGUGCGUGUUUGGAAUGAGUGCUUUUUUCCCCAUACUGACGUAAGUUAGGAGUUCUUGAGUUAUUUUUUGUCAGUGCUCAGGUUUCAAUUCUACCAAAGUGAGUCUGGGCUUCCCAGGUGGCACAGUGGUAAAGAAUCUGCCUGUCAAUGCAGGAGACACGAGAGACGUGGGCUUGAUCUCUGGGUCAGGAAGAUCCCCUGGAGGUUAUGGCAGCCCGCUCCAGUAUUCUUGCCUGGAGAAUUCCAUGGACAGAGAAGCCAGGCAGGCUACAGCCUUUAGGGUCACAGAGAGUCGGACAUGACUGAACGCAAAAUUAGUUUGGCCCCACACCUAUGAGGUUAACCUACAAAGGUUAGGUUGCCAGAUUAGGGUUAGGGUGCCAGAUAUGAAAAAAAAAAUGCCAUUUUUCACAUUUAUCUCCCCCUGUAUCUUUGAACUGACCUGACCUAGUUUAAGACAAAUGGUUGAGUCCGUUAAUAAUGCUUAUCCAGGUUUGCCCUGUGAAGCCUCACAAUGGACUCUGCUUCUCUCACCCAACCUGCCAAGAGCCACAAGACUGGCUUCCUAAAAACUGGGAAGUAACUCCUGGGCUACACAUGAGGGCCAGGAGGGUGGAAUUGGGUGAUGGAAGGGACCACCAGUGCCCGCCUCACUCUAUGUGACACAGAAGUUGGAGAGACCAUGGCCACACUGUGCUGCUGUGAGUGACGAAGGCGACACCUCUAGGAGCCUGGCCUGGUCUCUGGCAAACACUCUGACUCCCUGGGUGAGGCAUGUGGUUGCAGUGGAUACAGGCUCUGGGUUGGAUUCAGACUAGCACGUGGUUCUGGGAAGGGGCACACCCCCAGUGACUGAGGUACCCUCGCCACCAGCCCUGCCACCCUAGGCGGUGUUGACUGGUAAACCCUGCUCUGGGUUCCCCAGGGCACAUCCUCGGGGCAGGAGUUAAAAUUCCCCCUAAUCUGAUCAUCUGCCCUGGCCUCGGGCUUUGUGCAAACACAAACCAAACACUCAAAUAGCAGUGUAUACUGAAGAUUGAGCUCAACAGAAAGUUAGAGUUUUAUUCUGGCCUAUUUGGAAGAAAUAAGGGAAACAUUUAAAUUCUGCCUCAUC